AUGCAAAUUCGCCUACCGCCUUGCAGGAGACUUCAAGACAAUCGACCCCUAUAUAAGCUGAGUACUGCUUUGUUGCCUUUGGCUGCCCGUCAUGUCCACUUCAACAACAAGCUAACCCAAUGGCCAGCCAACCUUCCAAUCGCUGCUGCCGCUAACGUCACCGCUGCCGUCACCGCUGCCGUCACCGCCGCCACUGGCGAGAACGUCUCCGUUGUGUACCGAUGGUGUCAACUGCGGCACACAUGGCAGCCGGCGGCGCUGGCCGUCCAUGGUCGCGCACGCCGCCAAAACUAGGACUGGUUCGACGACUGCGAAGUCUUCAUUAGCAAACUGCUGGCCGAGAAGAACCGCCUGAACAAAGCCUACGUCGAUCGCUCCACCGACCACAACAAAGCAGCCUUCUACCAUUUUCGCCGUCUUGUGCAACAGCAGCUGCGCGAGAUGCAGGAUGCCUGGACGGCUCCCAAGUCCGAGGAGAUCAAAGGGUACGCGGGCUGCAAAGAAUGGAAUGAUUUCUUCGCCACAAUCAAAACUGUCUACGGUACGCAAGCCAGAGAUACCGCACCUCUUCUCAACGACGAUGGCAGUACCCUCCUCACUGAAAAGACACAAAUUCUACAGAGAUGUCAACAGGCAUUUCAUGCGCCAAAUGGAUUUGUUGGACGUCUCCUGACCAACUGCAGCAACCAGACUGCGCCAACCGUCGUCUCACCGUCCGCCUCUUCCUCGCCUCCCACGCCGUCAAUUAAUAUUGUCCGCCCUGACGAACCCCCCCCCCCCACCACCACCACCACCUCUUCCUCCUCAUCCUCCUCCUCCACCGCCUCUACGUCAGCCAGUUCAGUUCAGUUCAGUUUAUUGAGGGAAAUAGACGUAAGCCAUUGAGUACCCUAUUUGCAACGUAAAAAAUUUGUGGCGUACAGAUAGAUGUUCUGGGCUGAAAUAGUUCGAACACGCCCAUAAUGGUGGGACAAAAUGAGAAGGAGUUACAGGGGUGAGCUCGACUUCUCAUCGCUCUUGCCCAUUUCGGAACAUAAAUAUGUCCAGAUUCUUCUUAAAACUUUGUAUAGAUGGUGUCAUCACAACAUCUGCGGGAAGCUCAUUCCAUGGUUUGACCACCCGAACCGAGAAGGAGAACUUCCGCACAUCCAGCCGUGCUUGCUGAGUGCGCAGUUUUAACGGGUGACCUCGGAGGUUGGUCGUGGUAGCAAAUUCAAAAAGUCCUCGAAGGCCAGACUGCAAUCCAACCCCUUUACAAUGCGGAAGGCUUGCAAGAGAUCCCCGCGAAGUUGCCUGUAACUCAAAGGAAAGAGGUUCAGAUUUACUAGGCGGGUUGCAUAAGGAGAGAAGCUUUGACCCCUAACCAUCUUCGUGGAUCUCCUCUGGACUCUUUCGAGGCAGUUUUGAUCCUCAACAGCCCACGACCUCCAAGCUUGUAUGCCGUACUCUAAAUGCGGCCGGACGAAUGUUCCGAAUGUCUUAGAGAAAGCUUCUUCGUCAAAGUCCAUAAACACACGCUUGAUGGAGUACAGUACGGACAUUGCGGUUUUUGCCACUUUCGUGCAGUGGGCGGGUGGCUUUAGGGAACUGGUCGUCAGCACACCGAGGCCUUUUUGGGCUUCGAGCUCUUUUAAGGCUGCACCGCCCAGAAAGUAGCCUCUUGUAAUGGCCGAUCUGGCUGUGUUGCCUAGGCGAAGUAUGCUACAUUUGGCAACGUUGAACCGCAGGAGCCAACGGUUUGACCACUCCUCCAACCGAUUCAGGUUCAUCUGCAGUCUGUCUUCAUCGGCAGGACCCCGAAUUACACUCCAUAUCUUCAUGUCAUCCGCAAACAUUGCUACUUCACAGUCUAAAUCACUUGCGGCAUCGUCCACGUAGAUAAGGAACAAAAUGGGUCCCAGCACUGAACCCUGGGGGACACCACUAUCGACCAUAACCGGAUCUGAUUUUUCCUGACCGAUGCGAGGUAUCGACCCACAAGGAAGUCUUCGAUCCAUUUAAGGAAGUUGCCACCGAUCCCUAUUUUUUCAGCUUAUGUAAGAGCCUUUGGUGUGGCACAGUGUCGAACGCCUUCUGGAAGUCUAUGAAGGCUAUGUGGACCGCGUGCCUGUCGUCGAGAGCUCGGGUCCAGCUCUGGAGAGAUUGCAGCAGGUUUGUCGUGCAGGAUCCUUCUUUUCGGAACCCAUGUUGGCAAUUCGAUAGCAGGCCGUGAACUUCCAGGAAUUGCAUCAGUUCACUCUUUAUGAUACUUUCCAUAACUUUGCAGAGAAUGCAUGUCAAGCUUAUGGGCCUGUCAUUUGUCGUCGCUGCCCUGUUACCUCCUUUGUGUAGCGGAGUAAUAUGCGCCAGCUUCCAAUCGACAGGAAGUGUUCCAGUGUCAAAUGACGUUUGAAAGAGCAUCGACAAAGGCACAGAGAGCUCACUGGCAAGUUCCUUCAGAAGUUUGGGUGGAAUCUCGUCUGGUCCUGGCGACUUCGAUUCGUUCAAUGCCUCUAAUUCUCUUCGGACAAUGCCUUCUGAGAAGAGUAAAUCACUGACGCUUGGAGUCGGCAGUUCUUCUGUGGAGGGAGGAAGGAACCUUGCCUCGUUUGUGUAGACUGAUUGGAAAAACCGUGAAAAAUACGCAGCUUUAUCCCAACUAUCAGCGAUCUCAACGCCAUCAGUAGUCUUUAUCAAGGGGAUUUGAUGCCUGUUCCUUGUAGUUCGUCGGAGGUAGCUGUAGAGCAAUUUUGGGUUCUGCGUUGCUUUUUGUAGCAAGUUCUUCUCGAAUUCCCGCCGUGUCGUCAUUAUCAGCUUACUCAGUUUGUUCCUCUGUGUCUUGUAGGUAUUGAAGCAUUCAGCUUGUCUAGUGACGCAGUAUUUUCUCCACAAUUUGUGCUUCCUGUUGAUUUCUUUCUUAAGGUUGCUAUUUAACCACUGUGAUGUCUGCCUUGCCCAUCAAAAUUACACGCGAUCCGGACAAACCAAUGAACAUAAACACCUCCGCUGCCGACACCAAUAAUGACGACCUGGUCUAAGCUUGUCCUCGUUGCGAUCUCACCUUCAGCUUACACAUCUGCCUGGUCGGUCCCUUGCGAUUUUAUAGCACAGAGACCUACAUCCGCCGCAUCCGCCUCCACUGCCCACAUUGCCCUCGCACAUUCAGACAUGGCGUAGGCCUAUUCGGCCACAUGCGUACCCACGAGAGCGGAAGUGACUGUGGCCUCGACACACCUAGCAUAGUUAGCACAUCCACCAUGCCUAGCUCCACCCAUACUCCGACGCCGAGCGCGACCACCGCCACCAGCUCUACUACCUUGACCGCCGAAGCUGAUACUGACGCCGCCGACUCCUCAUGGUCACACUAUCCUCGUACAUUCACGUUACGCAUCGAUCUGGUCGGUCACUAACGAAUCCAUCACACAGAGACUGAUGAACCGACGCCUGGAGCACCAACCUACAUUCAUCGCAUCCAACUAUGCUUUCCACAUUGCAUUUACGCAUCUAUUCACCGCAUGAGUCUAUUAGGCCUCAUACGCGCUCACGAAGAUCUGCGGUAGACAACAGCCGACUGCACCACACCAUAACAUCCUCCCCAACCAGCAUUUCACCGCAAGCACCAAACUGCCACUUCCCACGCGAAUUAGUAGUGUGCGUCUCGGCUUAUUAUCCAUGCGGCUCGCCUGCUACAUGUGCGAUCGAAGUCUGCGGCGAAAACGUUGAGCAGAGGACCGUGGCACGGAGGGCAGCUGACUGACGCUCCAAAUCAUUUCACGCAGUCUGUCAAGAUGUGCCUCUUGUGUGGAGUGUCGGACUGAAAGGCUGAGUGUCAGGCUGUCAUGGCAUUUUCGCACGCUAUCUAUUACACUCUCAUUCAUGUGAGGACAGUGUGUGUGCUCUAUGGGUAGUGCCUCUCAGUCGACGACUGCUUGUUUACGUAGCCAUGAAGGUUGACGGCUCAGGCUAAAUGCAAGACCAAGUGUCGCUCUUCUAGGUCAAAUGGUCCGAACUCGUGUUCUAUGUCAGUAUCAGCAAACCAUGGCCCUCGUAGCCUGCUAUGGGCUGGCAGUCCCCGGGCACCUAGUCCCAUGACGGUAGAUGCGUUUGCGCUCGGUAUACAGUUGGGUGGGAUGGCUGCCCAGUCAUUCUCGCCCUUCUGGCUGCUGCUGGGGUGUUGUUGUUGGUGAAGUAUAUGUUUUAGACCAGGCAGUGUGGUGACACACCUGUAUGCGGGUCCGGUCGUGUCAGCCAUCUCGCCCUCCCACGCCUCGGUCUUCUUGACUCUCUCGUGGCAUCAGGUCCAUAUGGGGAUUGAGGAAGAGAGGGUGCGGUAGAUGCUGCGUAAGCCGACUCUCAUUAUAAAAUAAAUCACGCGAAAGUCACAUUGCUUGCUGCACAUUGCUGCGUAGCAAACCGUGCACUUCGUCAGAAAAGACGGACGGAAUGUCAUAUUACGUGCUCACGCGUAAUACAUAUUAGACAAAAUAAACAUAAACAUGGCCGGUUCUCACUUUCUUUUGUAUAUUGCUCUUAAGUUCGCCAUUUUCAGCUUGCGAUUUUCUUGGGUCUUCACAAUCUAACAAGUCACCUUUGUAGUAUCAAAGAUAUUGCCCAGUUCUCUCCGAUAUCACCAAUAAUUUUGCUCAUGUAAUAAUCAAAAUAUCCAGAUUUUAGUAAAAAAUUGCAGUCUGCCUACUGAAUUGCGAUCCGCAUUACGCACAAUGCACCCACAAAUAAUCGUCAGGAAUAAGUCACUGGUCCUCUUGGAAACUCGAAUCAGAUUUUAUUCGCUCUAUUUAAUUGUCAACGCGGAGAUUCAAACAUGUUUAUUACCGACGGUAACCUAGCCCGGACAUGCUGGUAUUAGGCGUGGGCCCAGGAAUACUUAUCCUAGCCCUUCUUUGGGUUUGUACUGUCGUCGGAUGUGCGUUUAUUAUUUUUUCUAAGGGAAAGAGGUAAAAUUCCCAAAUAAUAGUAACUUUCCGAAAGUUCAAACUGUUUUGGAAUUCUUUUAAUUUCGUCUAUUAUCACGGCGAUCCUUCUUUCUAUACCGAGACGUGAUAGCACACAAACGCAGAACAUUGUAAGAACAUGAUAACCGUCUUCACUCCAGUUUCAAAAGAUAUACGACUAUAACUUCUUCACACGAAUAGUACUUGUCGUGUUUUACACGAUGUCAUUGACAGCGAUCUCAUUCAUCUACUUAAUUAUGUUCGCAAACAAGCAAAUUGUACAAAGCUAA